CAAAAAAGGAAUCUUAAAAAUCCACGGUUUAUCUCUCCUCUCUCUCUCUCUCUCUACACGCCAUUGGUGGCUUUAUCUCUCAGUGCUGUGGUGAAUGGUCCGGGGUGAAUAGGACACUCCACAGCGAUCUGGCCAAUCCCUGGGCUCCAUUGCCGAGCAAUUUGCUGGCUGAAUGAGCUUUUCUCUCCCUGCUACUUCACGGGUGAUUUUGGGUGAAAAAAUGGUGAGGCAAAGAAUUCAGAUCAAGAAGAUCGACAACGUGACGGCGAGGCAGGUGACGUUUUCGAAGAGGAGGAGGGGGCUUUUCAAGAAGGCUCAUGAACUUUCCACUCUCUGCGACGCCGAGAUAGCCGUGAUUGUCUUCUCCACCACCGGCAAGCUUUUCGAGUACUCCAGCUCCAGCAUGAAGCAGGUAAUUGAAAGGCAUAAUCUACAAAUGGCGAAUCUUGUGCAGCACAAUCAACCAUCUUUAGAGCUGCAGCUUGACAACAGUGCGCAUGCCGCCUUGAGCAAAGAGAUAGAGGAAAAGACUCGUGAAUUGAGCCAUCUGAGGGGAGAAGAGCUUCACGGACUUAGUAUAGAAGAAUUACAGAGACUGGAGAAAUCACUAGAGGCGGGACUAAGACGCCUCUUAAAGACAAAGGGGGAGAGGCUUGACAAAGAAAUCACUGCCCUCAAUAGAAAGGAAGCGAAAUUGGUGGAAGAGAAUGCGUGUCUGAAACAGCAAUUACUGCAAAUGCAGAUGGGGAUCGGCGGCCAAACGCAGGAACAAGGCCAAUCUUCAGAAUCUGUCAUCAACAAUGGCAGCCCAGCUGCUCCCCAAGAUUAUGACAGCUCCGACACUUCCCUCAAGUUGGGUCUACCUCUUCGUAGCUGUAUUUGAGGGCUGGCAUAGAGUUGCAGGCUUUUGGCCAAGAUCCAGAGCCAGAUACAUCCAUCAACCUCUACUUCUCUCCCUUAAAUAGUGAGCUUUAUGACCUGUGAAUCUGAAAGCCACCAAGUUUAGAUGGAUAGUUUUGUAUGUAAAUGCAGCCGCAGGGAAUUGUACCAUAUGUAUACAUAUUAUCGGUGUGCCACUACUUGUACACGCCUCUCAUGAUUUUCUAUGAUAUGGGUUUGCUUCGGUUACAACA